GUUUGUGUAGACACUACAAGAAAUAUUACGUGCACAUGAUAGGAUUUUCUAUCACUGGCAUUUUUAACUCGUCACCAUUUCAAACAUCUGUGGUUUUCGUGACAGGAGAGUAAUUGGGAAAUAAAUAUUUUAUGUUAUGAUUGUUUGGUGAGUCGGCAGCUAAAAUUAAAGUCAGCAUGGCGAUGAUGGACAAUAAAGAAUUCCUGAUAUCUCACAUAAGGAACUCAUUUAUUACAAGUGAUGACACUGGAAUGUGUGAGAUGAUUAUUGAUGUGGAUGAUCAUGAACAGCAUAGAAAUGGUUUAGCCAGUGACAGUGGGAUGGAAUCCUCGGAUAAUGAACUCUCUCAUUCCUAUGAUAUACUGCCAGACAUGGAUUUUGGAGCACAUCGACGAAGAUCUAACACAGCACAGAGGCUGGAAAGAAUGAAGAAAGAAAAGAGAAACCAGAGCAAAGUGAAGAAUAUACCCUGGAAAGAUGCCAACAUACAAUAUAAUGCGGAGGAGAAAGGUCAUUUGUUUGAGAAGAAAGAUUUAUCACCACUGAAGUGGAGUGAUACUUCUCUGAUCUCCAGGUUGUCCGAGCAGUUGGAUAGCAGUGCAAGUAUGGGAGAAAACCCCUUUCUAGAAUAUGCCAAGUUUGAUGGCAAGGCCAGUGUUGGUGUAUCCACAAAGAAGAUAGAUAUUUUCCUGACAAUGGUGCCGCCGGAGGAUCGGCCAUACCCUAUGACAGUAGUGGUGAUAGCAACAGCCAAGAUACAGGACCUUGUUGGCUUGAUAUGUUGGCAGUAUACGAUAGAAAUGAGGGAGCCUCCUCUACAAGAGAACACAGAUUUGUACUGUUUACAUAUUGCUGAAGAUGAUGGCGAGGUUGACACAGACUUUCCGAGUUUGGACAGUAAGGAACCAGUGUCAAAGUUUGGCUUCACCAAGCUUGCUCUCGUACAGAAAGAUGUUCCUGCAAACACCAACAAGCCUUCUAUUAUUGUUACUGUGAAUGUCCCGCACCGAGGCUUUAACAAGUUUCAAGUAGAAACUAUGAACAUUUCUAUGAGGGAAAUUCUAGAUAAAGUUCUCAAGAGAAGGAAAAUCAAGGUCAGGCCAGGCCAGUCAUACAACUUAGAGAAGCAGGUUGAACCAGGGCUACCAGUGGACCUUGAUGCCAAUCUGUCCAGCAUGGAUUCACUAGAGUUCUGUCUUGUCAGAGAACAUAGUUCCCGUGGAGAUUUUGUUGAAAGUGAUGAUAGCAAGUCCUCCAAUAUGGCAGAAUCUCUGACAAGUCACCAGUACAAGUCUUAUAUUGUAAACAUGGUUCAUAAAAUCAGAACUAAGACAGAGGUGCAGUUAGGUAUAAGUGGGGAGAAGGUUGAGAUUGAUCCAGUGGCAAGUAAAAGUGGUACAAGAUUGUUCCGUCAGAGAGCAGUGACAUACGAUGCUGACAGUAUAGCAUCCUGUGAUAUGCUAGAGGAAAAGGAUGGAGGUAAAUCUGUAUUCCGGCUGACUUAUUUUGGGCAUGACUACAAACAUCAUGAUUUUGAGGCUGACACGGAUAUGUGUAAUGAGAUAGUACAUAAGAUGAACAAUAUAUUGGAACUGAGGCUUAGCCCAGUCAGGAAAGAUUAUGUGGCACAUAGAGACAAAAAACUACAGAAAAAACGCGAGUCUUUUCAUAAAUCAUGAAAGAGAAAACACAUGAUUAGAAAGUAAAAUUCUGUUAUCCUACAUCAGUUUCUCAAGCCAGUUCAUGUUUCCUUAGUUGCUUUUCUUUUUAUUAAUGAGAGGGCCUCUGUAUCCGGAUGAUUAAGGUCCCUGGCUUCAAAUCACUUGUUCCUCAUCGUUGUGGGUUCGAGCCUCACUCGAGGCGUUGAAUUCUACAUGUGAGGAAGCCAUCCCAACUGGCUGCCUGCUUGUGUUGUAAUAAUUCAAGGAUGGGCACCCUGGGUCUUCCUUCACCAUUUAAGCUGGAAAGUCACCAUAUGACCUAUAACUGUGUUGGUGCAGCGUUAAACCCAACAAAAUAAAAUAAAUAAAUUUUAUUAAUUAAUUGCAAUAUCUUGUUGCUUGUGAUUUUUUAGCUCACCUGUCACAAAGUGACAAGGUGAGCUUUUGUGAUCGCGUGGUGUCCGUGGUCCGUCAUCCGUCCGUGCGUGCGUAAACUUUUGCUUGUGACCACUCUAGAGGUCACAUUUUUCAUGGGAUCUUUAUGAAAGUUGGUCAGAAUGUUCAUCUUGAUGAUAUCUAGAUCAAGUUCGAAACUGGGUCACGUGCCGUCAAAAACUAGGUCAGUAGGUCUAAAAAUAGAAAAACCUUGUGACCUCUCUAGAGGCCAUAUAUUUCACAAGAUCUUCAUGAAAAUUGGCCAGAAUGUUCAUCUUGAUGAUAUCUAGGUCAAGUUCGAAACUGGGUCACGUGCCAUCAAAAACUAGGUCAGUAGGUCUAAAAAUAGAAAAACCUUGUGACCUCUCUAGAGGCCAUAUAUUUCACAAGAUCUUCAUGAAAAUUGGCCAGAAUGUUCACCUUGAUGAUAUCUAGGUCAAGUUUGAAACUGGGUCACGUGCCCUCAAAAACUAGGUCAGUAGGUCUAAAAAUAGAAAAACCUUGUGACCUCUCUAGAGGCCAUAUAUUUCACAAGAUCUUUAUGAAAAUUGGUUAGAACUUUAACCUUGAUGAUAUCUAGGUCAAGUUCGAAAAUGGGUCACGUGUUGUCAAAAACUAGGUCAGUAGGUCAAAUAAUAGAAAAACCUUGUGACCUCUCUAAAGGCCAUAUUUUUCAUGGGAUCUGUAUGAAAGUUGGUCUGAAUGUUCAUCUUGAUGAUAUCUAGGUCAAGUUCGAAACUGGGUCACGUGCAGUCAAAAACUAGGUCAGUAGGUCUAAAAAUAGAAAAACCCUGUGACAUCACUAGAGGCCAUAUAUUUCAUGAGAUCUUCAUGAAAAUUGGUCAGAAUGUUCAUCUUGAUGAUAUCUAAGUCAAGUUCGAAAGUGGGUCACGUGCCUACAAAAACUAGCUCAGUAGGUCAAAUAAUAGAAAAACCUUGUGACCUCUCUAGAGGCCAUAUUUUUCAUGGGAUCUGUAUGAAAGUUGGUCUGAAUGUUCAUCUUGAUGAUAUCUAGGUCAAGUUCAAAAGUGGGUCACGUGCCUUCAAAAACUAGGUCAGUAGGUCAAAUAAUAGAAAAACCUUGUGACCUCUCUAAAGACCAUAUUUUUCAUGGGAUCUGUUUGAAAAUUGGUCUGAAAGUUCAUCUUGAUGAUAUCUAGGUCAAGUUCGAAACAGGGUCAUGUGCGGUCAAAAACUAGGUCAGUAGGUCUAAAAAUAGAAAAACCUUGUGACCUCUCUAGAGGCCAUACUUUUGAAUGGAUCUCCAUAAAAAUUGGUCAGAAUGUUCACCUUGGUGAUAUCUAGGUCAAGUUUGAAACUGGGUCAUGUGCCUUCAAAAACUAGGUCAGUAGGUCAAAUAAUAAAAAAACCUUGUGACCUCUCUAGAGGCCAUACUUUUCAUGGGAUCUGUAUGAAAGUUGGUCUGAAUGUUCGUUUUGAUGAUAUCUAGGUUAAAUUUGAAACUGGGUCAACUGCGGUCAAAAACUAGGCCAGUAGGUCUAAAAUUAUUAAAAUCUUUUGACCUCUCUAGAGGCCAUAUUUUUCAAUGGCUCUUCAUGAAAAUUGAUCUGAAUGUUCACCUUGAUGAUAUCUAGGUCAUUUUCGAAACUGGGUCACGUGCGGUCAAAAACUAGGCCAGUAGGUAUAAAAAUAGAAAAACCUUGUGACCUCUCUAGAGGCCAUAUUUUUCAUGAGAUCUUCAUGAAAAUUAGUGAGAAUGUUCACCUUGAUGAUAUCUAGGUAAAGUUCAAAAGAGGGUCACGUACCUUCGAAAAUUAGGUCAAUAGGUCAAAUAAUAGGAAAACCUUGUGACCUCUCUAGAGACCAUAUUUUUCAAUGGAUCUUCAUGAAAAUUGGUCAGAAUUUUUAUCUUGAUAAUAUCUAGGUCAAGUUCAAAACUGGGUCACAUGAGCUCAAAAACUAGGUCACUAUGUCAAAUAAUAGAAAAAACGACGUCAUACUCAAAACUGGGUCAUGUGGGAAGAGGUGAGCGAUUCAGGACCAUCAUGGUCCUCUUGUUACUCAAUAUGCCCUUUUCUUGUUAUCACUAUUCGUAUUUCAGUUCUUGUCAAUAAAAGAUGUUAGUUGCAAGAGUUUCAUUUUGAUACUCCAACAUUAAAAUUUAAAAAAAUUCUGAAGAAAAAAAAUCAAAUUAUAUCUGUAUUGUUGUCACAUGCUUUCUUGUUGAGCCAAAACUUGUGAUCAUUUGUACUAGCUCUCAAAAACAAAGACUUCUUUUUUUCUUUUCUAAAAUUAAGAACUGGUGCAUAUUGUAGUUUUAUAAUAAAUGGUUGUCAUUUCCCAUAAGAAGAUAAUAUAUUACUCCAGGGUUUUUAAAAAAGAAAAUUAUAUACCAAAACUUUUAGAUGAACAUAUUCUUUAUUUGAAAAAUAUUAUUUUCUUUUUACUUCUUUUCAACUGUUACAUGGUUUGCCACAUCAUGCAUAAAAUUUAGAAAUGGUUAAUAGCUGCAAGAGCAAAUUUUCUAAAAGCUUGAAUCAAUGAGAAGGCUCAGAACUAUGAGAUAGAGGCAUAUUGAUAUUUUCUGAUUUCCGAAAAUAAUAAAGGAAUCAGUGAAUAUAAAUUAUGAAGUGAAAAUAUUAAUUAUUGAAUUGGAUUGCUUAGCUUGAGAUACUGAUCAGACAGUAAGUUCUUUGAAUCUAGUCAGAUUAACAAAAAUACUUGACAAAUUAUUUUAAUUGGAUGCAUGCAGUGCAUGAUAUGGUUGUAUUUAUAGAUUAUAUACAAUUAAAGUUGCACACGA